UAACAUCUCAAAGAAGAAUCCUAAGUUUCUAUAAAAGCAAGCUUUUUUAAAGAGAAAAUCCAAUUGGGUGUUUGAUUUCUUUCUUUCUAGUCAUCUAGACGUGGUGGGUUUUGAAAUUUGAAGAUUGAACCCUGCUCUUGACUAUAAUCUAUAAAUCACUGUUUCUUCCCACUUUAAUUUGCAUUUGUCUUUUCUCUACUUCUAACAAGCCACAAUGAGAGGUGGUACAAGGCCCAGCGGCACAAAGAGGGUAAGUAAUUGUGGUGAAGAAGAAAGUCGAGAACUAAGAAGAGGGCCAUGGACUCUUGAAGAAGACACAAUGCUCUCUCACUAUAUUGCAAAACAUGGGGAAGGUCGAUGGAAUAUGUUAGCAAAAUGUGCAGGACUGAUGAGAACUGGAAAGAGUUGCAGAUUGAGAUGGUUGAAUUACUUAAAACCCGAUAUCAAGCGCGGAAAUCUAACUCCACAAGAACAGCUUUUGAUCCUUGAUCUCCAUUCCAAAUGGGGGAAUAGGUGGUCAAAGAUUGCCGAGCAUUUGCCUGGAAGAACAGACAAUGAAAUCAAGAACUAUUGGAGGACAAGAGUGCAAAAGCAGGCUCGCCAAAUGAACAUUGAGUCUAACAGCAAGAGGUUCUUUGAUGCUGUCAGGUGCUUUUGGGUCCCAAGAUUGCUUCAAAAGAUGGAACAAACUUCAACUUCUUCUUCUUCUUCAUCUUCUCUGACAACCCAAAACCAGAUGGAUAUUUCUCCAUCACCAAACUAUCCAGCAGCCCCUAUGGUCCAAAAUCCAAAUCUUAUCAGCUCAGAAAAUUCAAUGCCUGCAGUGACUAGUCCAAAUACCACUAUUUCCGCAGAUUCCAUGGCAAUAAUCUCACAGCAGCCUCAAAUUCCUGAAAACUCAAAAAACCCACUUUCACCAAGCAAUAAUUACAGUGUCCACAACAAUAUCAACCCAAUUCUAGAUGAUAAUUGUUACUAUGUGGGUAACAGUAACUUUGACAUGGAGGGCUUCAAUGGGGAAUAUCCCAUUUCAUCUGAUAUGGGUAGUUUUUACAAUUUACCGUCACAAAGCCAGGAAGGUAAUUGGACAAGUUAUGACAUGACAGAUACAUUAUGGACCAAUUUGGAUGACAUAUGGCAGCUCAGGGACUUAGAAGAGAUGGGCAUCUAGAGUACUGAACCAGAGUGGAGUGGAGUGGCCCUGUUAUUAUUAUGCCAAGGGUCCACUGACUGAUAAUCUUUACACACACUGUGCUAAUCCUCUGUUUUUGGCUUUUAUGGUACUUUGAGUUUGAUUUUAUGAGCUCAGCGUUUAUAGGAGAAGCAGUUAUGUACUAUACUUGUUAAUUGUUAUGGACUAUGGAUUAUGGAGUUUAGUGGAUAUUGAUGAAGAUUAUGUA